CUUGUAGGUCUGCUUCUUCGGCCCAGGGACUGGCUUGGACCGAGCAGAUGGAAGUUGCGUCCGGGAUGUCAGGCCGGGCUCCCCCGCCCCUCUCCUCCCUCCCCGCGCGCUCUCGCUCUCGCUCUCCCGGGCGCACACGGCGGCACCGAGGCACAGGCGAGUCGCCUCGCCGCAGCUCCGCGCGCCCCUGAACCCUUUGCUCCCUGAACUGGGACCGUCGAUCCGGAUUCCUGCCCCUCCGGCUGGUGUGAUCCACCUCCCUUCCCUUUCCUAAAAGGAGGCAACAUGUCCAAGGCGUCCGUUUCAUAGGAAAUAAUAGGAUUUUUGGAGCCAAUGAUGUGCAUCUUGAACUGGGGUUUCAAAGUCCUUUUUCUAAUGAUAUUAUGCAGGUUAACAAAAGUCUCUCCAGCUGCAGGAAAAGGUGACAUUCUUCCUCCAACCAUACAGAAGAUUAUGAAGGGAUAUAACAAAUAUCUACGGCCAUUUUUUGAUAAUGGCCCUGUCUCAGUAGGAAUGAGCAUGGAUAUCGCAAGUAUUGAUACAAUAUCGGAAAUAAACAUGGAUUAUACUUCCACUAUUUUCCUGAGACAGCGAUGGACUGAUGAACGUCUUUGUUUUGAGGGUAAUAAGAGCUUAAGCUUAGAUGGUCGCCUUGUAGAAAUGCUUUGGGUACCGGAUACCUUUAUAGUGGACUCGAAAAAGUCUUUUCUUCAUGAUAUCACUGUGGAAAACCGUCUAAUAAGGAUAUACCCCAAUGGAACGGUCCUUUAUGCAAUACGGAUAACGACAACAGUUGCCUGUAGUAUGGAUUUGACUAAAUACCCUAUGGACAAACAGACGUGCACCUUGCAACUGGAAAGCUGGGGUUAUAACAUUAAUGAUGUCAUGUUUUACUGGACAAGAGGAAAUGAUUCUGUUAAAGGCUUGGAUACUCUUCGGCUGGCACAGUAUACAGUAGAAGACUACUAUACCUCUGUCUCUGAAGCUGUCUAUGAAACAGGACGUUAUCCAAAGUUAGUGUUCCACUUUGAGCUGAAGAGGAACAUUCUGUAUUUUAUCCUUGAGACCUAUGUGCCAUCCAGUUUACUGGUUGUUCUCUCCUGGGUUUCAUUCUGGAUAAGCCAGUCAUCAGUUCCUGCUAGAAUCUGCAUAGGAGUUACCACAGUGCUUACUAUGACAACACUUAUGAUGGGAGCCAGGACAUCCCUUCCUAAUGCUAAUUGCUUCAUCAAAGCAAUUGAUGUUUACCUGGGGAUCUGCUUUAGUUUUAUCUUUGGCGCGUUACUGGAGUAUGCGGUGGCUCAUUUUUGUACCCUUAAUCGGUCUGGUGUGAAAAAACUCACAAAGGUAGAGGAUGAAGAGGCUGAGGAAGAGAUCAAUGGUGUCCUGUCAGCAAUUGCCAACAGCUGCAAGGCAGAAAAGGCACACAAGGUGAACUCGGACAAACCCCCUCAAACCUCUGGCAGUGAAAAGGAGGAGAAAAGUAAACACAGCAGAUGUCACUCACCAAUGACAGUGAUGAAGAGACUCUUCUGUAUAUUUGACUGUGUCCAUGUUAAAAAUCCAUAUCACAUAGACAAUUAUGCCCGGCUUUCUUUUCCCUUAUCAUUCAUCAUUGUGAAUGUUUUUUAUUGGGUGUACUAUUUGUAUUUUUAAGCUUUUAAAAUCUCUUGUGGAAAGGAGGAAUGAGUCUAGCCAGGAGAAGGGGCACCAACUUCUGCCAGAGAGAAGCUUUCACCCUACAGUGUGUUUGGCUAUCAAAAGAAGACUGUAUUUUAUUGAGUAGCAUUAUUGUUGUGUUUCUGCUGAAAUUACUGUUCAUCUGUUACACUGGUGUGGUACAAAAUAUGUCCCUGGUCAUCCGUUAGAAUGACUGUGUUUUAAAAAAUUGACAUGAUUUUGAGCAUGCCAGUCAAAUCUUGUUUGUAAUGUUGAAUGGCCAAACACAUUUUUUUAAAAAAAAAAUCAAUGUAAGAUUUUGUAAAAUGAGAGUUCCAUAACAUCAGUCUGAGCUGUGAUUAAUAUGUUUAAAAAUAAAAUGAGAAAGCUAUUAUUUCCUAUCUACUCCCCACCCUGGUGCAAUAUCAAUAUCACAUUACCUUUGGCAUUGUUGAUAAUAUAUAGCCUUUCCAGAAUAGAUAACAAACUCUUACCACAUCCAGUAGUAGUAAAACAUUUUAUUACUCUUCUCACCAUCCUUCCUUCCUU